AUGAACGAGAAGCGAGCCAUAUCCCCUCCGCGAGCUCUCCGUCGCAACCGACCCGUCGCAGCCGUCCUCUUCUGCCUUGUCGUCCUCUACACCUUCUGGCAGUUCCAGCCCGUCCCAACACCUUACUUGGACGAGGUCGCUGCCGUUCUCGGCGAGACUCUCGAAGAGAUCAUCACCAUCGACCUCGUUCCCCUCGAAGCGCACAUCAUCAGCAAAUGCCCUGACACCAGAGAUGCUAUGCGACAACUGAUCCUGCCCGUCAUGCAGCGUGUUCAUGACCGGGUCAACUUCACACUCUCCUACAUCGGCCGCCCGACCGCCAACGACGGUGUCGAAUGCAUGCACGGCCCCGAGGAGUGCAUGGGCAACAUCAUCGAACUUUGCGCCCGCGAGCUCUACCCCGACCCCAAGAUCAGUCUCGGUUUCGUCAUGUGCUUGACGCGCGAUUACCAGGAAAUCCCCGACCGCUCUCUCAUUGAAGAUUGCGCCCUUGAGCACGCCAUCGACUUCCAGGCCCUGAACGAAUGCGCGACCGCGGACGAUGGUGCAUAUGGCCUGGGUCUCCUUCGCAACAGCAUCCAGAGAACUACCGAGGUACGUUGCUGA